AUGAGCAAACGACGCUUCUCCGACAUCACAACUAGCAUUUAUCGUGCCCAAAAGUACCGCCUCUUACAGCGGAGGGGGUCUCGCCGUGCCCUCACCACCGUCGCAUCCGUCCCGCAUUCGUAUACCGACGACGACGUCCUAACGGACGUCCAAAUCAUGGCGACAGUCGCGACCGGUCCCGCGAUCGACGACCUGAUCAGAAACACCAUGCCUAUCGAUGCCUUGUGGCAGCCAGACUCCGUGUCGCAACGCGCAGAGACGCCUCCUUCCCGUUCCGCCUCGAUCAAGUCCAAGCUCGACAUUUCUUCCGCCUUGCCAUCAUUGGCCGCAAGCCCGGUGCUCUCGCCUAGCGUGUUCUUCCUGCGCUCAGAUGCAGAGUCUUUGGGUGACAAUCUCCCGCCAAAGCCACACGACAGAGCGCACAGCGCAGCACCCACGUCGACAUCCAUCGAUUCGACAAGCCCUGCAGCGAGCCCGGAAUCGGCGACCAUUGCUCACCCUUCCCUCAGGUCGCCAUCAGCCGUCGCAGCGCCAUCGUUCACUAGCUCUCCGUGCACCAGUUUCAAUGGUCAUGCAGACAUUGUCCCAUCACGCUCCGCUCGUCCGGGCAGGCCGACUCUAGCACGACUCAACACGUCCGAGAUGCUGCGAAGACAGACUAGCACAGCUCUCGAACCUGCGCCUACGCGGCCGGCUGCAGGUCGCGAAUCGCCCUCGGCUCUUAAAUUGCAACUCGACACCUCGGUGCCACGCAGAUCUGCAACAUUAAGCAGCUACCCGCAUGGCAAGAAGCCGAAUCAAAGAACACCACCACAUCCUACUUUGACGCUUCUAUCGCCCGCAUCGUCGGCUCGCGAAAAGGAUAGCAUCAUUACGGGGACGACAAUGGGCGAACCUCCAGCUCGAGCGGCAAUAUGGGAUAUCGAGGCGUCGGCCGAUGCUCCACCCCGUGAUGUGCAACGGACAAGAGACAACUUCAGCUUCGAAAGCGUCGAGUUUCAAGUCUCGACCAUCCUGCCUGAUUUCCUCUACCUUGGGCCCGAUGUGCAGACAGACGAGGCCAUCGAGCAACUCAAAGCCAUGGGUGUGCGUCGAAUACUCAACGUCGCCUGCGAAAUCGAGGACACUGGACCUUUGAGGAUUGCAGAUCGGUUCGACCGAUACCUCAAGCUUCCCAUGCUGGACAGCGUCGAAGCAAAGGGGGUGCAGAGCAGCAUUGAACAGGCCUGCUCCUUCCUCGAUGAUGCGCGCCUCCGGUCAGAGCCCGUGUACGUGCAUUGCAAAGCAGGCAAAUCACGUUCCGUAACCAUCGUCAUCGCCUACCUGAUCCACGCGCUCGGUUGGACCCUUCAGCGAUCCUACUCCCACGUCUCGGAGAAGAGAAGCGCGAUAUGUCCCAACAUCGGGUUCGUCGCCGAAUUGAUGCGAUUCGAGGAGAAGAAGCUCAACAUCGCGCGCUCCACGGGAAUCUACAGCGACUCGACCGAGACACCGCCGCCUGGUGCUUCGAAAUCUACGCCGCAUCUGCUUGCAGGCGCGCAGCAAACCCAGAGCGGUCUCCCCUCGUCAACAAGUGAUACCUCGCCACUUGUAUCGGCGCCCGCGCAGCACGACGCUCACAAGCACCUCGACGGCGACACAAGCUCGAAUCUCGCAGGCUCGCACUCCCGAUCCUCCCCCAAUUUGCCAUCCUUGCAAUUUGGCAGCAAUUGA